AGGCGUUAGCCCCAGGGCAGGGCCGGGAGGGCUCCCUGCAGUGACUCUGCUGCAGCCCCCCAACAGACAGGUGCUGGGGCGCAGCACUGAGCCCAGGGGGGGGCAUGGGGCGAGUCUGGGGGGGCCUCACCUGUAAAGCCAUUUCCUGUAACACCCGUGAUGCGGAGGAGAGCGAACAGGCGAGUGGGAGGGAGGGCAGGGGAGUCAGAGCCAUCCAGGGGAAGAUAAUCUCAGCAACUCAGCAGGGCGUGGGAGAAGCCUGGGCCACUGGAAUGGCUGAGAGACCCCGGCAGUGAGAGGUGGUAGGAAAUGAGACAGGUGUUCCCAAUCUGAUGUGACUGCCCCAAAUCUCUGGGCCACUAAGGCAUCCCCACAGAACUGAUGCUGCCUCUGAAUGUGGCUCUUGCAUGACCACCCAUGAACUGUUGCUUUCCACUUUGCCCACCUUAUACCAGAGAAAUUCUUCCCUCUGGGGAGCUCAGAGAAGAGCAACAGAACCGCUCAGUGGGUGGGAGAGCCCCAGUGUUGGAGCAGGACCCCUGGUGCUAGGCACUGUAGAGAUAGAGCAAAAAGAAGGUCCAUGCCCCAAAGAGCUUACAGUCUAAGGAAUACGACAAGUGACAAGAGAUGAGUGCAGGCAGAGAUGGGAGCAUAACGAAACAGAUGGUACUGGAAGCAAAGCCAGAGUGCAGUGGGACAAAGCCCAGAACAAGACACUGCAAGGAGUAACUGGAGCUCCUGAGAUUCUGCCAGGACCUGCAGCGUUUCAAAGCCCCCUAGUCCCAGCCCAGGGGGAGACCAUCAGCGGCACUCUAUAUAGCAUUCAUUUGACUUGCACUGAAUCCGCUCAGAACUAUUCAUGGCCCAAGAAUUACAGUGGGGGCUGGGUUUGGAUGCUCCUGUCAGAUCGGGCUCUGCAGCCCAGCAUGAAAGGAGCCCGUACUCACUGAACAGCAAUGAUCCAGACUUGGUGUGAGCUGUGUCCUGCCCUCCGGCAGUAGCCGGGUCACAGUGUCCUUUCUGGCUGCUUUGCCCGUGCAUGUUCCAGAUGACCUUUCCACCACACCUACCCUCCGGUGCAGCACAUGCAUGAAACGGCCAGUGACCCUGCUAAGUAAAGCCUCUUCCAUGUGCUUCCCUGGCUCUCCUGCGCAGGCUCGCCGUCCGUGUCCUGCAGCUGACAGGCAGUGGGGCAGGAGGGAUGCAUGGUGCUGAGGAAUUCCCUCCCUGCCUUGUCUUCUCUCCCUAGCCAGGCAGGGUUGGUAUAAUUGUUGGAGCUGUCGUGCUUACAAUGCCUGUUGUUUCCUUCUCCCAUGGCACUGAUGCAUCCGUGGGGCUUAAAAGGGCUGAUCUGUGUCAGCGGCCUUCUCUCACUCAUCCUGCUCUGGUGCCUGCUGGUCAUGACAGCUGAUGUCCAGAAGAGAUGGCAGCUUUCCAGUCGCUUCCCCAGCUUCCGAGGGAAGCUGCCCCGAAGGUCUCGCUUUGGGGCCAUCGAAUCUGCCCAGAGGGGCGUGGACUUUCCAUCUCUGUUCACCAGCUCUCACACACAUCCUCGCUGUGAGCCUGGGCAGCUGCUCCUGAUCCUCGUGACUUCAGCCCCAGGGAAUUCAGAGCCCAGGCAAGUGAUCAGGAGAACCUGGGCUGCCCACGAGGGACAGACAGCAAACCAAUGGCAGUCCGUGUUCUUAGUCGGCCAGUCCGCAGACAUUGGGGUAGCCCACGGCAUCCAGAGAGAGCAGCAGGAGUUUGGGGACAUCCUGAUUGGGAAUUAUCAGGACACCUAUCGGAACCUCACCCUGAAGGUCAUGCAUGGGUUUAAGUGGGUGGCCGAGCGGUGCCGGCCCAGCUACAUUCUAAAGACGGAUGACGACUGCUUCGUCAACACAGACCGGCUGCCGGAGUUCCUGCUGGAGCACAACACUAUUAAGACGGGUCUGUAUGCAGGGUCCCUCUUCUCCCGGGAAAAGCGGCAGGUCAUCAGAGAGCCUUCCAGCAAAUGGUACGUCUCCAGGCAAGACUACCGCCCAGACGAAUACCCGCCAUACGCCAGCGGCAUCGGCUACAUCCUGUCUCUGGAUGCCGUUGAGCGGAUCCUGUGGGCAGCAGAACAUGUCCACCCCAUCCCGGUGGAAGAUGCCUAUGUGGGCAUCUUGGCUGAGAAGGCUGGGAUCCGGGUGAAAUCCAGUGCGCGCUUUGCCAAGCACAACGUGAGGUGGCGGGUGUGUAACUAUCGCUACCUGAUGGUGAUUCAUCACCUGAGCCCACAGGAGCAGGAGGUGGCCAAGGGGAACAUGCUGCAGGCUCGGAGUGCCUGCCAUGAGAGCCUGGAGGUCACUAGGUGGAAGUGAGCCACUGUCUGCCAGGAGGACUGGCGAGGAACCUGGCAACCUUACGCCUGUAGCACAGUCUGAAGGGGGUUAUACAACCGGUGCUCAGUUAAUUCCCCCCCCCCAAGCCCCAUGCCAGGCUCUGGGGUGGGAGUCAUGGUCAGCCCCUGCCAUGCACUCUUGCCAGGCACCCCAGCUCUCUUACCCUUCCAUUGUUCCGGGCUGCCGGAGAGUGAAAUGGCCCUGUCCGGAUUGCCUGACAGGCAGCAUCUUACUUGCCACAGAAACACGAGGUUGGGGCUGGGAGUCUCAGCUCUGCUACUAACCUCAGGCCACUGACUGACCGAUCCUGUGCCUCAGUUUCCCCACCUGUAAAAUGGGGAUAACUAUCUGACUCAGCUCUUGGGGCCUGUGGAGAUUAAGUGGUUCAUGUCCGUAGGGCUCGGUAAAGUGGUGCGGGAGGGCCCAAACAUCAUUAAUACGGAGGGACUCCAGGUCUCGGUAUGUCAUGCCCAGCUGAGGCUCCUGCCUAGCGUGGCACGCUAGGACCUGUAGCCCCACAGGUGGGCUGCAGUCCGCUUCAGUUUGUGGCCAGUUGCUGACAGCCCUGAGCUGAGCUGAGUUGGAAGGUCCAAGGUCACCAGGACUUUGCUGCCUCUAACACGACAGUGCCUUGGGGCGCAGGGCACAGUGAGCCACGGAGCUGAGAGGGGAGGACACCAGCCAUGACAGAGGGGAGUGGGGCUGGCCUCUGCCUCCAGAGGAGGACUCUCUCCUCACGCCUGGAGUCUCCAGCCCUCGCCCAGCUGAGGCUCUCCCUGGCUGCCUUAUGAAGGGGGGUUGCUGGAUGUGUGACCUACCAAAUCAGCAGCAUUACUAGCCUCCCUGCAUUCUGGGGAGGCUGGAAAACACCAGGGUAGCCCAGAACCCCUGCAGGGAGUGACGCUGAUUUCCCCCAUCUCUAUCACCUUCCCAUGGUGGGGGGAUGGGACGGGACUUACCUGGGCUUGGCGCAAUGGCACAAGCAAAACUAACUGCACCUUCUCAUGCUGCAUCUUUCUGAAGGAGGGCCCAGGGUGGCCUGACUUCACCAGCACCUGGGCAUGCAGCUGGUUCAGGCUCCCUGGGUGCUAGUGACGUCUGGCAGGUAUAAAUGGUACUCGCUUUCCUGAGCAGUGCAUGCUGGGACCCGGGUACCUGUUGUUCUCGGGAGCCUGGAGCACUUUCCAGACUGAAAGGACGCUAGGAAAGGGUUAAUCUAUGCAGAUGCUACUACUACAAAACUGUAUUAAGUAAAGGCUGGGCUCUGUUCCUUACCCUCGGCAAGUCACUUCCCCGCUCUCUGCCUCAGUUUCCCACCUGUAAAAUGGGGCCAGUGACACUGACCUCCCUCCCAGGCAGGGGGUGAAGCCAAACUCCCACUGAUCUCACGUAUCAAGGUCUCUCCUCCAACUCGCCCUGUGCAGGGUGCUACUGGGAUGGGAAUAGCUGCUUUUACAAACCAACACUAACCAGGCCCACCUCCUUCAGCACUGCCCUGCCAGAGCUCCCCUGGAGAGCCAGCGGGGGAGAGGAAGUUAGACGUGGGCCUGGGCUCCUGCCCCUAGGGCACAGGGAGGCUACGGCAAGUUAGCCUGUAGCGUGAGAUAUCCCGUGAGGCCUGAUCCCUGCCCCACAGUGCCUAGAAAGGCUCCCCCUGGUCCAUCGAGGAUAACGCCCUGCUCUCGUGCCCAGCAUCAAUCAGUGUUCCUGACACGCCAGCAACAGGUGCCAAACCCACACCAGCGCAGCCUGCCCUGUGGUUCCCAACCCUACGACUGCCCAGAGCGUUACCUCAUGCUUUGCCACUAUUGCCAGGGGGAUGGGAUGGGACCCCCCCAAUUCCGCCUCCCAGCCUUACUGAUGAACUCGGGGCCCCAGAGCCCACGAUGCUGGACGGUUGCUCAGGUAAGGCAGGCCCGUGGCAUCUGUGGAAUCCCUGUUCACAGUAAGACUCGCUGCCGGGGAGGCUGCACGUCACUGGCCUGGAAAAGAACUAGAGCCCCUGCGGGACACUGUGGGGCAGUGCCUGCCCUCGUGCAGCGGGUCUCUGCAUGGGCAGGGCCCUUGGCUUGGGGAAGGGGUUAGGAUACUACCAGAGCUAUGUAAAUAAUCAGCAUCAGUGACGCUAGAGGAAGCUGAUGCCCAACUCAGUAAGAUGUAGGGGAAAAAGGGGAAGGGAAACAAGAUUCAAACCUGGUGCUUUGCCAGCCGGGGGUGCUGCUCCCACCUCGGCUGCAGUCUGCUCAGAGCCAGACCCUAAGGCCUAGAGAUCUUGCAUUACUGUAGCCCCUUGGUCAUGGCCCAGGACCCAGAGCGUGAGGUGCUGUACAAACAACCCAUUUCCCCCUCUGCCAGGAAGUCGGGUGCAGCUGCUCCUGGCGGGUUACUCUCCAGGGCCUUCUCCGGUUGGUUUCAUACAUUCCUAGCCACACGGUUUCCCUCGGGGUGGGCCUGGCCACUCGGCCUAGAGGGGCCGUCCUGUGUCUGCGGCUGUCCAGGCAGCAGGAGGGCCGCAGCCAGUGCUAGGUGCUGUUUUCUCUGAAGGGUCGGACGGGACAGAGCUGUUGGGGGAGGGAGAUGGUAGCUAACAGCUGCCUUUCACUGGGGCUUUGUCUUGCAAUAAAGGUUACCAAGAACUGCCAA